AUGAUACCGCAUUCUUCUGCCGGUGGUCAACCAUGGGGUCACCCGAUGCGACCACUCAAUGGUGGCCCUGGAAGAGUCGAUUUGGCACAAAUGUCUUCACAAUAUGACCCCUCAUCAGUUACCUCACAAACCCCCCUGCCGCCGUCGCAGCCUCAGCCCCAACCCCAGCCCCAGGUGCAGCCCCAGCCGCAACCGCAAUCGCAACCACAACCGCAAUCGCAAACCCAGACGCGCCAACCGGCCGUCGUCGACUUGACCGAUAACGUAUCUGACACAAACGAUCGGGAACCUCCGCCAAAACGACCAAGACUAGAUAUCUCGGGUGCAUCUAAGGUCGGCGAUGCAGCCUCGGUAAAAAGUGGGGAUCCGAGGAGUACACCGGCCAGCGCUGGUUCACGAUCCCAGCUAUCGUGGCGUGGUAGACCCAUGUGGUCUUUUCAGGCGGUCAUGUCGGAGAUUCCUGGCAGUGCGACGGCAUCUCGGCCAUCAACACCGCCUCCUUUCCCCACCCAGCCUUGGAACAAUGCGCCAUCCGAUUCAUUAGAUGGAGGCUCAAAAUGCAGGGAUUCAUCCCCGGAUAAGAAAGUUCAAACCACCCCAUUUCGAAUUAUAACUCCUUCUGUGGCUCCAGCGAUUAAAGGCGAGAAAGUCGCCGAUUUCACUCCUUGGACCGGAAAUCAUCCAGAGGAUGUCCUGAAUGAGCAAGCGGCGAAACAAGGCUACUACAGCAGGACCCAAGUUUCUCAAAAUGAAUCCAACACAGCCCGGCCUGCAUUGUAUGGCCAACUAAAACACCGGACUGGGCUUCAGAUGCUUUCCACCGUCUUUUCCGCCGCGCUGGAGAAGCGCCAAAAUCACAACACCGUCCACGCGCCAUCUACCUUUAAACCGCCACCGAGAGUGACCCUUACCGACAAUAAACGAGAGGCCUGGCUUCGAGAUCUUGCCAACCCAUCUGUGCAGUUGCGCCGCCUGAGCCGAACCAUCCCUCAUGGCAUCCGAGGCAAAGUCCUUCUAGAUCAAUGUAUGGGCAAAUGGAUUCCAAUUGCCCGUGCAGUUUGGCUUGCAAAGUGUGUUGGUGCCAAUGAAAUCCGCGCCUUCAAGCGCAAAGGAACGAGUGGUGCUUUGGCGGUGGGCCUGGAAGCAAAAUGGGUGCGAGACUGGACGACAAACGUUGAGCAGUACGUUGAGACUGUGUUUAGUGCGCCCAAGUCCUCCGAUUGGAAAAUGAAGAUGUCGUAUGCUGUUGGGUUGACUGCCCGUUUGUUUUUCGAGAAUCUCCUCGACCAUUACCAUUUUAUCGAGUGGUUCCUAUCUUCCUUCGAAGCCGCAUCAAUCGGUACCACCCCUGUCUGGAUUAUGAUGCUUGGCAUUUACUGGAACAACAUUACACGAUAUCGACGCAGAGGUCGACGGCUGGCCGAACUUCUGCUUGAAAAGCUGCGUCAGGCCACAGAGGCCAAGCGAGAAUCCUUGAAACCCAUCAUUGACCGACUUUCUCGUUUCAUUAAAAAGUUGAUUCGGGAACAUACUUCAUCGUUACUCUUGCCGAAUUCAUGGGAAAAAUAUAAAGCUCAGGUCAUUUCGUGCCUUGAUCUCACCGACAAUCUCGAUCGAGCCUUGUUGCAAACCCUCACCGAGCGUAAUGCCCGGGUACAACGGCCUCGCCAUUCUAAACACACACCGAAACGCUCACCCAACCAACGUAUUAUUCGCCUGCUUGAUUCUAUUCGUUCCGAAUCUGACAUCCAUUCCGUCUCAACUUCCUGUUUGGAAGCCGUUGACGAUAGAACAGUGUUGGUCUCCAAGUUGCUUGAAUGGCUUUCCACGCCAUUCCGUCAUGGGAUCUACCGAGUCUACGCUGGUACUCGUCUAUUGCGGAAAUGGAAGGCAGCGGGGGUGGAUGUUGAUGAUCAUAUCCUCGCCUUUCUCACCCGAGCCGGACAUGACCAGAAAUCGAAUAUGAACAUGGGGAAUGUAUACCACACAAUCUCUGAGCUUGUUAGGUCACAAACUUUCUCGGUGGGACGAUACCUCCAAUGGCUGAUGGCGAAAGAUGUCACCAGCCAUACUUCUUCUUACCAACAAUCAACGCUCGAUUUGCACGUCGAUAUUGCAUUGAUAGCACAGCUUCCUGUUGGUCGUCUCCCUGAACAUGUUGGCAAUCUGCGUAGCACCUUGCUGGCUCGUACCGGGUUCUCUGCCGAAGAUGAAGUUAACAUGCUUACCAAUGUGAAGCAACUGAUCAGCCGACGUCUACCAGGAAUCUUUGAUACGGAUUCGUCCAGCGAAUCAACAUUCGGAUCGUUGCCAAAUAACCUGACCUGGGCUGUUAAAGCAGAAAUAAGCCAAUGGCUACGUCGGGGUGUGGCUGAGCAUUCUCGCGACGUCACUGGUUCGACCAUUCGAUCGUCAUUUACCGUUGGUGGUGUCCCGUCAAUGACGAUGCUAACUCCAGAUGAGUUCAACAUUGUUCGUGACAUUCUCGAAUCAUUUGAGGAUGUUUCCAUGUUGGCAGAUGUAUUGAAGUGCGCCUCAAGCUCUAACAAUAGCGUCGUCCUCGCAUCGGUCGCGGAUACCGCAAGUUACCACUUUGACUCACUAUGCAUGAUUGGAGCGACUUCAGAUCUUUUCCGCAAGUUGGUUGAUGCAUACGCUAUAAUCAAACGGUUUAGCACACCGAGUCUUGAUUUGAUGUUCUCGUUGAUCGAACUUGGGUUGCGUAUCCCCCAGGAGUGUAACAUGGUUUUGAUUCUUCGUCAAGACCUUGCACGUAUGGGAAACAAGGCUGUUCUCGCUGCGUCAUCUCCAGUCUCCGACCACAUCCCCGACUCCUUCGGCGAUACGGAUCCUUUAUUCCGAGAGAAGUUGGAUCAUCUUUUAUUAUCCGGGAACGUUAUGGAUGAGCCAACAUUGGACACCAUUUUCAAUACUUUGACGAGGCAAUUGGAAUCUCAACUCGGCAAGGGGAAGGGAAGACUGUCAGCAAAUGAUGCUUGCCAGUAUUUGGCGCAGUUGCGAUCUUUCCAGCCAAAACACUUUGAUGGGAUUUUGGUUCGCUGGGUCUGUGCCCAUCUACGGUCCCCUGAUCGUUCUACUCUAUUACGUGUUCUACCCUCUCUCAUCGGUGUUGGGUGUGUUACAAUUACAUCUUUCUUGGCUCUGGUGAGAAGGCUCAGCUAUUCCACGUCUCCGCUCCCCAAUUCAGAAGAUCUUGCAGCAGACCUUUGCGAUCUUGUUUUCUCCAUCCCAGAGGAAGACAGAUAUCCCGAUUUGUUUCCUCCCCAUACAGAGGACAAGUGCCUUGAUCUGGUCUCUUACCGGUUCCAGUUGUCACAGCAGGAGUUUUUGGCAAAGAGCUUUGAUGAAGUCCUUGGCAUCGUGUGUGACGCUGCUUCAUCUCUCGACCAUAGUGACGCAGCAAAGCAAAAGGACCGCGAAGCUUCUCUUGUAAUGCUACUAUGUGAACUUCUCGUGCGAAAUCCUGGUUGUGUGGAGCAGAGUUGCAUGCGAAAGCUCGUCGAUCAGUACCCAAACGCCAUCAGUCUACUUCAAAAGGCACUUGACAGUUUGCUAGGAGUCAAUUUACAAAAAGAGGCACCAUCUGUGAUCUCGCAGGUCGAAAAGCUGGCCAGCACAACUGACGACUUUUCACUCCCCUUUUGUCAACUCAAGCUUCAGAUUCUUUUUCAUCAAGAUUCUGGCAAUGAGGAUCGGAACAGUAUUGCAGACGCAAUGUUCAAAACUGUCGUAGCCAACUCUCGCGCCAACAACCUCCACUGGGUCGAGCUUGUUGCGCUCAUGAGUCCUGAUGCUGUUCGCCAGAUUCGCGAACGUGCUGAGAAAGAGUUUUUCUCGAUUUCAGUACUGGAAGAGCCAUCAAACAACACUUUGGGAACGCCUCGCAGUGCGGGAUCUUUGGAAACUGCAAAAUUGUACCUGACAAUCAUUGAAGAGCUUGCGGAUACAAUUCCUGAUGCUGCGUCCCCAUCGGUUGUGUCUGUCAUCGUGGAGAAAAUGGAUGGGCUGCUGCAAAAGAUUCUUCUGAUCCAAAGUGAAGGAGUAUCUACUCAAGGGCGGCCAAACUUUGAGCGUUCUCUUGCUUUCUGGUUUUCGGCUCUGUUGAGAAUGGUCGUCAUACAUCGUGCCUCCUUCAUGCAGCCACCUGGUUCAAAGCUCAAUACCUCCCAUGAGCCAUCUAGGCUUCUAGUCUCGAUCUUCUGUAUAGCGCUUUCUCGUCUUCCCGGUGAUGUCUUGCGCCUUUUCCCAGGUGCAGACUAUUUCCCUCGCGCGGAAUCAUCUGAGGAAUAUCGCCCUUGUCCAGGCAUUUUGUUACAAACCCAUGCCCUUGACGUUGCUGCAUCGUUAAUCGACGUGUUCCCCGAUGAGACAAGAUACCAGUGCUCCCGCUUUUUCAAGGAGAAGUGCCCUGCGUUUGGUUUGCAGAGUGACGCUCGAUUCCUCUACCUCUUGGGUCCGAUCGGUGACUCGACAACCUCCUACCUUGCUCAAUCGGCAACAGCGCCGUCUCCAGCAGCCGGAUCCACCCCAACAUCCAGCUUGCCUGCCCCUACUCCUACCCAUGCUUCACAGCCUCCCGCCAUAAACCCAGGUUCGCUUGUCGGUGCCGGUGAAGGAAUCAGCUCCACAGCAAACCGCCUUCGUCUCCAGCAACGUGGGCGGACUGUUGGUCCAUAUCCUAACCGUCCCUGGGAGCUUCUUGAAGACGCAGCACCUUUUGUUGGUGUGAACGACACCGCGGUUAAUCUGGGCUAUUUCGAUGCUCGCCGCGUUCGGCUUUGA